GCAUAGAACAGCAACUCAAACAGUUCGAAAUGUCAACCUCUUGACAUUAUUUUAUUUUGAUAGUUGUUUCUUUCUGGUUUCUGGUUUGUUAACCUGUAAUAGUUCAAAUAGUUGUAGUAUUUUUAUUAUAUCUUUCUAUUCCAGCCUGAAGAUAAUGACUGAAUCAGACUAUGAAAUAGAAUAUUUAGAUGAGGACGAAGACGUUGUACAACAAUGUGUGCAAGCAACAGGAAUUACUGAAAACUCUAUGCCCGAUACCUUGAACAGAGUACCGGCGUCUCCUAAGUAUGUUGUGGGAUUUCCAGCACCGGAGUCAAGAUCAGGUUCUCUGCUUGUGGAGCGAACACCUGUGACAAGGACUUAUAAGAGAAAAAAGCCGAGAGAAGACGACGACUCUGACUAUGACCCAACUGGUGAUUAUGAGUUGCCUGGACGCGGUUCAGGCAAAAGGAUUUACAACAAAAAGAAGAUACAAACGUCGACGCCACGGCCAGCAACAACUAUCGACCGUAAACCAAGGUUUACUCAAGCCGGUCAUAAAAGAGACGAUUUACAAUUCAGAAGGGUGUUGGGCUUGAAAAUUCCCAACUUUGAAGAUCCUCUUUGCUUACCUGUGAAAGCUGUUUUGAAGGAUGAAAGUGACUUAAGAAAAUUAAAGAAUUGGAAUAAUCUGUGCUUGAACCAUUAUAAAAAUCAUGAUACAACAUUAAAGCCUGAUGCUGGAGAAACAGUGGGCUCUCAACGAACUAUAGUCUUGAGGAAUGUAAAAAAUAAACUAACAGGCAAAAGUGAAACAACAAUAUGGGGCAAGCUGACUGUGCACAGCGAAACGGACAAGAAAUCCGAAGUAUUUCAAUCUGUACUACCCAAAUACAGAGAGGGUAAAGUCCUGGACUUCCCAGUGGCAGUUAAUAAGAAGGGAAAGGGUGUGCGGAACGAGGACACGGUGCUGCUGGCCAAGGAGGAUGAGAAGGAAGAGCAGCUCGUGGUGUACAAGCCCAAGCAGGCGAUCAGCGCUGUCUAUAAAAUGAUUGAGGAAAAAAUUGAAUCUGAGGACCCCAAUAAGCCAGAAGAAACAAAGAAAUACAUGAAGGAGCUAACGGCUUGCAAAUUAUGUGCGCCCUGCUAUCAGAGCUCAUGGCGCGGCUUCAACAAGAAUGAGAAUAAGAAAAAGAAUGUGACGUGUCCGAUUUGCGACCGAACAUUUAUCAGCGUGUACAACCUGCUCGCACACGUUAAAACACAUAACAGCGAACAUGUGAAGCAUUACAAGAAGGCGCUCUCCAAGACUCUGGCGGCUGUGGUUGAGUACCAUUACAAGUGCCGCAUUUGUAACGAGAAGUGUUUGAGCAUCAGGGAUCUCCGAAAACACGUCCUCACUCACCAAAGCCCCGAGCAGUUUCAGUGCGAAGCAUGCAAUCGCGUGAUAAAACACUCCUUAAGUAUGUAGCUACUGUGAUUGCCUAUUACGGCUACCAUGUAAGUGUUCUUAUAAUGAUUAUUGUAAUAAAAAAAAUUUUUAACUGGUA